AAAAACACAAGUUGCCGUUCAGACGCGAUGGAGCCGGCGGCAGACAACACGCAAGCGGGUACGUUCACCAGAGGAAGCGUUGGAGGAAAGCCACAUUGGGUUUUGUGAUCAUGUGACACCUCAAUCAUUCAAGUCUUGAGCUCACCUGCCAGCGACAACGGCUGGUUAGUGCCAGCUGGCGCCAAAAGCAAAUCAAUGCCUGCUCACUCACGAUUGGUCUCAUCUUAUUUCAGUCUGCCAAUCGCGCCACGCCCUUGUAACCUCGCCCUUUUCUUCAGUUUGCACAGGUCGCGAGCAGUUGGAGCCCCAAACAAAAGGCCUGACAGGAACACGGCGCAUAAUUACCUUUGAUUUGAGUUGGUGCUUUUGUUUCUGUCUUUUCAAGGCUCGCCUGUCAACUUUCUCGACCCGCCGGAGCACGUGGCGGUUCGGGCGGGCGAGCAGGCCCGCUUACGCUGCGAUUUCCGCUCCGCCUGUGUCCCCGUGGCCUGCUGCUGGAUUUUCAACAGAGGAAAGGCGGUUCUGUCGGACCCCAGGAUGUCCGUCAGCAGCGACGAUGCGCACAGCAGCCUGGUGAUUUCCGAAGCCCACCCGGACGACACUGGUUCUUACACGCUCAUCGCUCGGAACCGAAGCGGCUCCUCUGAACACACGGUCUCCCUCAGCGUCAUACAUCGCCCCGACCCGCCCGCGUCUCACCCGGUGAUCUCCCAGCUGUCGGCCGAGUCCCUCGUCCUCUCCUGGACGGGUCCCAGUUUCGAUGGCGGCACGGCCGUGUUGGGUUACAUUGUGGAGGUCCGGCGGCAGGGUGCCGACGCAUCUGGAGAAUGGACGGAAAUAGCCGAACGGUGUAAGAACACCUCAACCCAGGUCAGCGCGGGCCUGGAGCCCUACGGGAAGUAUCGCUUCCGAGUACGGGCCUACAAUGCAGAGGGCGUCGGCGAGCCAAGUCAGGAGUCGGACACCGUCACGAUGACCACAACCAAAGAAAAGAAGGACAUGCGACCUUUUGUGAAAGUGGUGAUUGAUACCAAACGGCUGCUUCAGGACCACUACAACGUCCACGAGAAGCUGGGAAUGGGGAAGUUUGGGGAGGUGUUCCGUCUGUCCCACAAAGAGUCGGGCGAGGUGUAUGCGGGCAAGUUCUAUCGGGUCAGGAGCUCCAAGGAACGCUCGGCCGCCCGGCAGGAGAUCGAGCUGAUGAACUGCCUCCACCACCCCAAACUGGUCCAGUGUCUGGCGGCCUACGAGGCCCCAACCGAGACGGUGAUGGUCAUGGAGUACAUCGCGGGCGGGGAGCUUUUUGAGCGCAUCGUGGACGACAACUUUGAGCACACGGAGCCCACCAGCGCCGGCUACAUGCGGCAGAUCUUGGAAGGCAUGAUGUACGUGCACAAGCAGGACAUUGUCCACUUGGACCUCAAGCCCGAGAACAUCGUCUGCACCGACCACACCGGAACGUGCAUCAAGAUCAUAGACUUCGGCCUGGCUAGUAAACUGGAAGAGGGGAAGCCCCUGCUGGUGAUGCACGGAACGCCAGAGUUUGUGGCCCCUGAGGUGAUCAACUACGAGGCCGUGGGAGUGGAGACGGACAUGUGGAGCAUCGGAGUCAUCUGCUUCAUAUUGCUAAGCGGAGAGUCGCCCUUCCAGGGAGGGAGCGAGGCCGAGACCUUCGCACUCGUCACCGCAGCUCACUACAAUUUUGACCCGGAGAGCUUCGAGGACAUUUCAGACCAAGCCAAAGACUUCAUCAGCGGCCUUUUGAAGAAAGACCGAAGAAGUAGGAUGUCAUGCAUCGAAGCCCUGGUCCACCCAUGGAUGGCCUCCUUCACCGCUCUCAACCGUCCCACCAAGUCCCUCAGGAAGGAGAAGAUGAGACGCUUCCUGGCCAAGUGCAAGUGGAAGAAGACUGGCAAGGCUGUUCUGGCCCUGCAGCGCAUGGCCAACCUUUCCAACAAGCCAGACUCUCCUGGCAGCUCCUCAGACGAGCCGAGCUGGAGCCAAGAGGCAGAGGAAGCCAUCCGCUCACUGGAUAAGCAGCUGCACGGCGAGCCUCGCUUCCAGGAGCCCCUGAGGGACGCCAGCCUCCCUGUGGGAGCCACCGCUUGUCUGGCGUGCCGACUGGACGGGUACCCUCAUCCGGAGGUGCAAUGGCUCCAGGAUGACAAGCCGCUGUCCGAGUCGUCCAGAGUGAAGAUGCAACACAGCGAAGACGGCCACUGCUCGCUGGUCAUGUCCGGCGUGGAGGCAUCGGACGCGGGCGUCUACGUGUGCCGGGCCAGCAACCAGCUCGGGGCGGCCUCAUGUUCCGCCCGACUCACAGUAGAUACGUAAAGGGAAAUACACGGCAAUGUCGCAUUGCCGGCAGACGCACUUACUCAAGUAUUCCUCCUUUUGAAAGAAAGCAUGCUGUUACAAGGUCAGACGUUUGCAUUAUUCAACACGAGUCGAGAAAAUUGUUUUUGUUUUUUGCAUAGUCCAUGUUCAAUGUGAAUCUUUUAAUAGCAUUCGUAAAUAAAAGCUCCAUUAAAACAA